AUGCUGGCCGCAGCCCUUGCACCGCUGGCCACCGUCAACGCGCGUCUGAUCCAACCCGUUCACCCCACCCUCUAUCCCUUCCCACUCGCUACCACCCUCCACGCCCUUCGCGUAGCCAUUGCGUACCGAGCCAUCUGCUCCGGCUUCCUCGCCCGUCGUCGAUCCGAAUCCAAGCACUCGCCUGCCGACCUCCACGUCUCGCGCGUACGCGAUGCAGCAGGCUUCCUCGUCAUGGCAUGGGGCGGAGGAUUCAUCUCCAACUACGUCCUCUGUCAAAUCCCCGGUCAGCUUCUGACCGUCUGGCCUUGGAUCAACUACCUCUCGGUCUACUCCGUCGUCACCGUGCUGAUUUCCAUCGCUGGUGCUGGACCCAGCGCAAAGUUGCUCGAUCUGUGGCUGCCCGUGUUGGACGGUGCUACCCGAACCGCAGCCACCUAUGGAGGUAUUCAGAUGGUACUGAAUCACGCGAAUCCGGCUGCCAGGAACAGCUUGCUGUUGCAGGUGAUCAUCGGGACUAUCUCGGCCUGUGGUGGUGGUAUCAGUGCAUUUACGCUGAACGUGUUCGAUCCGUUGGGAUGGAGCGUCAGCACCCCGCCGUUCUUGAAAGCUAGGAGUUUGGUCGAGUUUACGGAUAUCUUUGCGCCGGCUCUGGCGAGCGCCGUGUAUGGAGUCCUCACGCUGAGCCACCCAGGAUACGGCUCAGUGUUGACGUUGGUGCACGGGGAGAGCAAGGGUCUGUUGAGUCAGGAAGGUGGAAAGGCAGUCAUUUCGUUGGUGAUCGGAACGUGUUUCUUUGCGAGGGCGGUUUGGUUGCAUGUCGUUUUGCCGGCGAGACAGCAGAGCGAGAGACCGAUCAAGAGCAACAAGGCGGUCAGGAACGUCGCUGCUAAGAAGGCGUAA